GAGGGAGGAGUUGUUUUUGUUCAAUCAGGAAUUGAAGGGAUGUCUCUUGUACGCUCGCUCCGUGGAAGGAUGUGAGACGAGGCCCAUUCGGCCAAGGCAUGCUUGCAUCCCAACAUACGAAUCCGGUCAAACGGGUUGUAGAGCAAGUCUGUAAACAGACCAAUAGCGAAUUACAGGAACGUUUUUUGGCCAAAUGCCAGUGUGACUCGCGAUCGCUUGAGUCCACGUGCAAUGGCAGAGCAGGCCUAACUAAGAGCGUAAUAUCGUGGCCAUCACAAUGGCAUCACCAUGGUGUGGGUGACCAGAACACUGCGAGUCGACCGGAGACAUUACACCACUUUGGUGUGAUGUCCAACCCAGUCAUGUCGCCAAAUCCAGGUCCGACCAUGAAUGGCUUCAACGGCUUCGCCAACGGUGUUUCCAAUGGCAACAUGGAUAGCUUGUCGGAUCACGGUCCACGGCAAGACUCGAACAAACAGACCCGGGAUAAGAACGGCAAGCUCCUGCCCUGCGUGUGUGCGGUUUGCGGCGACGGCGCUAGCGAGCACUUGCACUAUGGCGCCAUCUGUUGCUUCAGUUGUCGAGCGUUCUUUCGACGCUACGCAGGACGGAAGAAGUGCGUCUGUGUCAGAGGAGACGAUAAAUGCCCGGUGGACGUCAACCGGAGGAAUGAUUGCAUGCAUUGCCGACUCCAGAAGUGUGUCAAAAUCGGCAUGAAAAAGGAUUAUGUACGAGGCCCUAAUCAAUCCUUGAGGCGCAAACGAGAGGAGGAGGGCUUCAAAGGCCGGAAACCGAUUUAUAAGGACUCCACCUCAGGAGGGAAAUACGACCUGCCCAAGAAGGGACAGGAGGGCUAUGUUCCUCCUCCCUCCGGAUCGAUGCAUGAAAACUCAAUGGGAAGCAACGGAUGCGGCUCGUCCAUCACCCUCAGUCCUCGUCACAGUCCCAACGGCGUCAUCGCGUACAAAUCCAAUGAUAGGAAGCGGAGUUGCGAUGAGAUGUAUGGACACUCUCCCUCGCCGCCCCUGAUGCAGCAAGCUUCACCCUUGACCAUGUGCCAGUCACCCCCUCUGCAGCCUAGUCCUCCCUUAACCAACAGUCCGUACUCCCCCGUCGAUUACAAUAACUACAUGAAUAUGUACCCCGUGGAAAAGUUCGAGCCCAUGUCACCGAUCAGUCCGUGUUUGGUGGAGGUGGAAACCGAGUGCACUCUCCAGCCUUUGGAGUACUCCUCUGGCUGUUCCAGUACCGCCGAUAUUAACAAAGAUUCCCCUACGAGGAAGAAGCCCAAGAAUAAGAUCGUGGCGUUUCCGGACGUGUUCAUCGAGUUCGCCAAGGCCGCCUCGCCCAACCCAUCUUGCCAUUCAUCCGUGAACGGAGAAGAGUCCGACGAGGACGAGCCCAUCAACUUUUCCCUUCAGCCCACCAAGCGGAGAGUGGAGCUCUUCACUCAAGUCCUCAACGAGUUCCUUGUGAACCAAUCAGUCCAGAUCAAGACCCCCAAUUUAGUGUUCUCCGAGGAGGAGUUCCAAUUCCUGACCAUGGUCAAGAAGCUCCGGACCACAGUGGUGGGCAAAAUCGACAACGCUUACUACGACGAACAAUAUCGGGACGAGCUCACCUCGAUCCUGAUUUCCCGAGGCGCCAUCAAGCCCUCCUUUCGAUUCCUCCACAAGUUGAACAAGAGCGUCAAAGAGACGAGUAUGGAUCUGAUGACCUCCAUCUUUGACCUCUUUGACCUCUCGCCCGUGGCCAAGGAACGACUCAUGAGCGAAAACUCGUCCGUGUCGUGCUUGCUGGGAGCCGCCGUGUAUUACCACGGCAACAGCGCCACCACAUUCGUCGAACAAGCCAAGAUGUCCGGCAUCCCUACACCCUAUAUGAAGUACCUGGAGGACAAUGGUCUGGCUGAGGUGGUGCCCAGGCUGGAGGAAAACUACCUCAAUCCCUCUCCUUGGGCGGAGCGACAAGAGUACGAGAUCGAGUUCAACGAGGUUCUCAAGAAGAUCGGCAAGCACGUUGGCACUGACCAAUUCCUCACCUGCCUCUUGAUUAUGGUGAACCUGUUGACGUUGAGUCCCGAGGCCUCGGCCUCACUUCCAUUGGAGGACGACAGAGCUGUGGCCAAGCAUCGGCAUCACCUCUAUCUCAUGCUGAACCGAUACCUCCGCAUCAAAUUUGGUCCCAAAAAGGCGUCCAGCAAGACCCAUCAUCACUCCUAUCUCAUUAGUCUCCUUAAGCGCGUCUCCAAGAUCUACAUGGAGAAGAAGCUGAACCUGAUGGAGACUGAUCAGAUCUCGGAUAUUAGCAUCUAAAUGACCUGAAGGGGCUGAGGGCGACUCUUCAGAUUUGUGAUGUUCGUUUAAGCACAUCAAUCAAUGUUGUCUUCCGGUCACGGUCAUCGACGAUCGAGAACGGCGGCAGAAAGAGCACAUAGCACGUUUGUCGUUUGUCUGUCGGUCCGUCGCUGGUCAAUCCGCCCAGUGUCGCCCUCUUGCGCCCUCUUGCGCCCUCUUGCGCCCUCUUGCGCCCUCUUGCGCCCUCUUGCGCCGCCCUCUUGGGUCCUCGGUCUUAAUUCAGGCUUUGAAAGUCCAGUCCACCCGUGUUAUGUUAGAACUAGACAAGACAAGAUUGUUCAGUGGUUUACUUUGAUGUUUAGAAAGUGGAAAGGAACCGGUCUACUUCCGCCGCUGUGAAUCAAUUCCAUCUAGCUCAACCCUACAGAACCCUACAGAACUUAUAUGCUCACUUGAUUUCUUUCCAGUCCUCAAGAAUAUGUAUUGGAACUUGGAUUACAAUGCUAUCUAUAUUUCUAUAUUUUAA